AUGGCCACCAAGGCCACGACCGCUCCUGGUACGCCUCGUCUCGUGUCCGUACCGCCCUCGUCUCUCACUGUUUUUUCUAUGAUUGAGACUGGAUUCUCAUCGUCGCCGCUGUGGUGGCUGCCAUCAGGGCGCCGGGGAUCAUUCAAUCCCUUUCUAGCUGAUGAUGCCCAUGAUCACGAUGUAUGCUACACUGAGCUCGCUUCGACCAGGUCAUCCAUGCGACGAGUUAUGGACGACUCUGAAACUGAAGCGGAGGGUAAUACAGUAGAUGCGCGCACUAAGGAGCUGGUUGCUGAGGUGCAGGAGCUCAACGGUCAGCUGGCCGAGCUACGAGAUGCCAAGGAGCAGAUGCAAGCGCAAAUCGAUCAGCUGCAAGCCGACAAGAAUGAAGCAACGUCCAAGCUCAAGGCAGCACAGGAGGAGCGAGAUGAGCUUCUGGCCCAAGCCGCUGUUGCGAGUGAGGGCAGUUCAUCUGGCGACAAGGAGCGUGAGAAACUUCAAGAUGAACUUCAAGCCACCAAGUCCCAGCUGGAGCAAGCCAAGGAGGCCAUUGAAAUCCUCAAAAAGGCUCAGCACGAGUCGCACGCAGACCUACGCAUUAAAGAGCUUGAGCUUCAAAGUGCCAAGUUUGAAAAACUAGCCAAAGCCAACAAAAAGGGCAAGCUCAAGGCUGAAGAGCAGGUGGAGGCCCUGACCCAAGAAGUCGAACGUCUCAAGCAAGAUCUGGCUGCGGCCUCUACCAGUGCCGCCUCUGCCCCCGCUCCCAGUGCCGACAGCGACGCCCAAGAUGCCCUCGCCUCCCUGCAAGAGAGCUAUGAAAUGUUACAAGAGGACCAUGAGGCUCUGCAGAUCAAGUGCACGGCCCUCGAAGCACAGUUGGCGGAACAGACUGCCAAUCCGGCAAGUGACAACGGUGACGAAGAUAUUCGCCGGCUACAGGAUGAACUGGCUGAUCAGCAGGCCAAACACACGCAAGAGACCGAAGCCCUACAGGCACAGCUCAAGGCCGCUUUGAAUCGAGCCGCAGAACUUGAGCUGCACGAAAAGGUGGAGGCCGCCGAGCACCGUGCAGCGGCCCCGGCUCCACCCAAAGCCAAGGCCAAAGCAGAGUCCAAGUUGACCAAAGAAGAGCCCAAGAAGCAGGCCCAGAAGGAAGCACCUGAAGAAUCCUCCAAGGACGAGCCGAAGAAGAUUUCCAAGGGAGAGGUGACCGAAGACAAUGGUGCAUCAACUUCCAAGCCCGGCUUGUUCACGCGUUUGCGCGCAACGGCACGCAAACCCCCCGCCAAACCGGUCGAGAAACCCGAAGAAGAGGUCAACCCCAUUGCCUUUGCUCGAGCCUCUUUGCGGCGCCGUCAACCACGCGAAUCGGCCCAGUCAGCUCAGCCAGCGGUCGUGGAGGAGCAAGAAGACGAAGCCCGCAACCUCAAGCCCUCGGACAUGAUUCGUCGUCAGCAGGGUGAGGCCUCACCCUCCCCACAGGCGGCACCUGGCUCGCCCGGUGUGCAACGUAAGCAGCAAGUCACCUUCAGUACCCCGCCACCCGAGCGCAAGACAGCAUCACCGCCGCCCGAGUUGGCUGAAGAUGCAGACGCUGAGCCCAAAAUUGUCAAAUCGGCCGAAGCACCCGAGAGCAGCCUGCGACCAAAGGCUUCGGGCUUGCGCCGCAAUCGGCCCAUGUCGGUACGUUUGGGUGAAUACGUCGGCCCCAGGCUGUACAGAAUCAAGGAUGCAAGGAUGCGGGGAAAGGCGACCAAGAGUCUCUUCUCAAAAAACAAGCAAACACGCCUCACCCUACGCUGCCUUUUCCAACCUUUGACAGAUGAUGGUCAAGCCAACGACGCCAAAGUCCUCGUUGUCUUCCAACCACGAAUUGCGCUCAUCGGGAUUGUGGUGCCCUUCAGCCGCGAGUGUUGGAAUCCGCGAUCGCUCUGCCUCAACGCCAACUCGCAAGACGGGCUGGAAACCGCCACAACGACAAAUCUGUGCCGUUUGCGAUAA